GUCUACGGCCAGCGGACUAACUAAACAGACGCGCUCCCAUUCCCGUUCCCAUUCUCAAUCCAAGUUCCCGGGUCUUUAUAAAACGACCCGUAACACUCUAUAAGAUAUUCACACGCGCGCCAGAAGCCGCGAGUGCAACAACAAAAGUGCUAAACGGUUAAUAGACAACCAAAGAUCAAUUCUUAAGAUGAGCCAUCACUGGGGUUAUACCGAAGAGAAUGGACCCGCUCACUGGGCCAAGGACUAUCCGCAGGCAUCCGGCCAUCGUCAGUCGCCCGUGGAUAUCACGCCCUCCAGCGCCACGAAGGGCAGCGAUCUUAAAGUCGCACCGCUCAAAUGGAAGUACGUGCCAGAGGAUACAAAGAGUCUGGUCAAUCCGGGCUAUUGCUGGCGCGUGGAUGUAAAUGGCGCCAAUUCUGAGCUGACUGGCGGUCCUUUGGGAAAUCAGAUCUUUAAGCUGGAACAGUUCCAUUGCCACUGGGGAUGCACAGACUCCAAAGGUUCGGAGCACACAGUUGACGGCGUCUCCUAUGCCGGUGAACUGCAUCUGGUGCACUGGAAUACCACCAAGUACAAGUCUUUCGGCGAGGCAGCCGCCGCACCCGAUGGCCUGGCCGUGUUGGGCGUAUUCCUGCAGCCUGGGGAUCAUCAUGCGGAGCUGGAUAAGGUGAGCAGCCUGCUUCAGUUUGUGCUGCACAAGGGCGAUCGCGUCACACUGCCGCAGGGCUGUGAUCCUGGCGAGCUCCUGCCCGAUGUGCAUACCUACUGGACAUAUGAGGGUUCCCUGACAACUCCACCCUGCUCGGAGUGUGUCAUUUGGAUUGUGUUCAAGACACCUAUCCAGGUAUCUGACGAUCAACUCAAUGCCAUGCGCAAUCUCAAUGCCUACGAUGUCAAGGAGGAGUGUCCCUGCAACGAGUUCAAUGGCAAGGUCAUCAACAACUUCCGUCCGCCUCUGCCUCUGGGAAAGCGUGAACUUCGCGAAAUUGGUGGACACUAAACUACGGACUAGUUGGAUAUAAAGGAUAGUCAAAAGUCAUUGGAUUUGAGUCGUAUGCUUAGAAUAAUUACAGCGUGCACUGUAGGAAUGGAUGGGAUGAAGUUGCUUUGAUUUUAUCUUAGUCAGAGCAGCAGCUGAAGAUCCAAUUGUUAGUCUCGUUUUAGUUCUUAUAACUUUAUAACAAACACUUGUACCUCUUUAAUAAGUAUCUGCUUGUAUAUGUGUAAAUUGUAUCUUGUAUCUGUAUAUCUACGUUUGUUUGUUAAACAAUUGCUAAAUGACAAUUAGAUUAAUGUGUGUUACACUUUAUGGUAUUACAAAACCAAAAUAUAUUACGUUUAGAUGUUGCAUAUUGAAAACAAACAA